UUAUCACGAGAAUGAAGAAUAAGUUUCAUUCCUAAUCCAUUGGAUUAACUGUUUUCCUUUUAGGCAUGAGACUAAGUUCAUUAAUUAUGAUUAAGUAAUCACCAUGUUAUUUAAUUUCUAAUGAAGGUGAUUUUAUUCAAAUGAUUAAGAGAUUAUCUUAAUAGACAAAGAAAGAAAGUAAUAGAGAGAGAGAGAAAAAAAAACUUCACGGAAAAGAUUAACUAACAAGAGAGUAAAAAAAAAUAUUAUCAAGUUAAUUUCCACUCCACCCUGAUAGAAUCCACCACAAUCAUCAUCUCUCCAUCUACUGACAAUAUAUUACUCAGGAAUCGGAGAUAAUAUUGAAAUACUUGAAUUCGAGGAUAAAAAAGAGAAUCAAGAACCUUGAACUGAAUAAUUAGUUUUUGAAACUCGAAAUCAUGAAUAAUCAUCCUGAUUAAUCUUGAAAUUUUCUUCUGUUAUAAAUUGACUUGAUUUAUUUUCAUUUUCUAGGUUAAUACAAUGUAAACAAUUAAAUCUAAAUGUUAAUAUAAUCUAGAAGAUAUUGAUGAUCACUAUGGUUGGAACUUUAUUUACAUAUAAUGUUGAUGCUUCUGUUUCAUUGAGAUAAAGUUUCUAGUAUGUAAAUAAUUGUGUAGGUGGUUGAAAAUUACCGAAAAGUUAAGUCUAUUAACCAACUAGAUACAAAAUGAUUAACUUACAAAAGACCAACAAUCAAGGUUUACCUUUUAAAUUGUGAACCUUUGCAAGUGAAAAUUUUCAUAUGAUUAGUAUUGAGGAACAAAAAACAAUAGUUAACAUUGAAUAUUUCAUGGUUGGAAAAAGUAUCUCAGUUAAUUGUUACUCUUAAUUUUGAUUGUGAAUAUUGUUGCCUCCAUCCAGUUAAUCAAAAUCAAUCAAAGUUUUCUUGUCUUCAAUUGAUUUAAUUACUAUCAUCAUGAGAAACUUAUAAUAAUCCAUUUCUGAUUCUCAGUGUUUGUUAAUUUGAUUCACUUUAAGUUAAUUGUGAUGGCGAUUUUAUCUAAUCAUCGACAAAUUUGGACUGAUUUAAAUUACAUUGUAUCAAAUGUUAUCAACAAUUUAAUGGAAACUAAAUUAAGUGUAGUAAUCCUAAUUUACUGUAGUUUCCUUGUUGAUAAUAUUUUAUUAACUAUGGUUGUUCCAAUCAUACCUGAUUACCUUGAACGGAUAAACAUGAAAUCUGAAGUGACACAAUUGAACAAUAAUGAUAAACACUUUGAGACUCAAUUAGGCCAAAUUUCAACUUCCUCUUCAGUACAAUCAUCAUCAUCUUCAUCACCAACAACAACACCACCAUCAGAAUCGACUGUUGUGUCUCUAUCAUCUUUAUUUGUAUCGACAUCAUCAUAUGUGAAUGAUAAUAUAUUCACUCAGUGGAAUCAAUCAAAUGAAUCCCUAUGGAGAUUCGGUGAGAAGAUUAGUUAUCGAAGGUUGUUCGAAGGAGAAAAAGUUGUUAACCAAGAGAGAGAAAAGGAAGAAGAAGAUGAUGAUGAUGGUGAUGAUAGAGAAGAAGGUGAAGGAGCAGAAGAGGAAGAUGAGGAUGAUAAUUUAGAAAAUCAGGAAAUAGGAAAUGAAAAUGUCGUCAAAUCGAAGCGAUCAUCAAAGAAAUCAAAUAAUUCUGGUAAUAUCUUAAUGGAAGGUGAUUCUGAUUGGAGAUACAAUCAUCAUGGGAAUGAGCCAAUUGAUUGGAAGUCGUUACCUAUUAGGGGAUCAAAGAUUAUCAAGAUAAUAUUGGAAGACAAGGUUAUCUUGAGUAAAAGAAAAUAUCAAAACCAUGGAAAAGAUUCAAAAAGAAUUGAUUAUGAUAGAAGUUAUCAUAAAGAAGAAAAAGAAGAAGAUAAUGAUGAUAAUUCUAAUCAUCAUCAUCAUCUUGAUCCACAUCCUCAUCUUCAAUCCUCUAAUUCACAUUCAAAGCAGCAUCUUCAUCAUCAUUAUCAUUUCCAUAAUCAUUUUCGUCAUUCAAGUAACCAGGGAGUUCCUCUUGAUGAGGAUAAAAUUGAUGAUUAUCAUGAAGAAAGGUUAGUUGGAACACUUUUUGCAUCUAAAGCCAUUUUCCAACUGAUUUUCAAUCCAAUUUCCAGGAAACUUAUCCAAAGUUAUGGACACAAUUUAACCCAAAUUAUGGCAUCAAUGGUCUUACUUAUUUCUGCUCUUCUUUAUGCUUUUUCAAUCGGUUUCAAGACAAUGUUUCUUGCUCGAUGCAUUCAUGGCAUUGGAUCAUCAAUCAUAUCAAUCUCAGGUAUGGCAAAGAUUGCGAAUCUAUUUCAAGAUGAGAAAUCUCGGUGUCAAGUUAUGGGUUUAUCUCUUGGUGGAAUCGCUCUCGGUGUUUUGAUUGGUUAUCCUUUCGGUGGUUUUGCUUAUGAUUUUUUGGGUAAACAAUUACCAUUCCUGUUAAUUGCUUUCCUUUUUUUCUUAAUCAUUGGUUGCCAGAUUACCUUUUUACCAAUGGAUAAAGAGAUUGAUUUACAAAUGGAAAAUAGUUGUUUCCAAUUAACCCAAAUGGUUAAAGAUUUUGAUGUAAUGAUUGCAAUUGGUUCGAUUUUUUUUACAACAUCGAUCACCGCAGUUCUAGAACCCGUUUUACCAAUUUAUCUCAUUGAUUCUCUUAAUGCUCCCGAAUGGCAAUUAGGGAUUGUUUUCCUUCCUGAUAGUUUUGGUUACAUUAUCGGAACUCAUAUCCUUGGAUUUGAUAGAUUUUCAAUUGAUAAAUGGAAAAUUACAAUUACUAGUUUAUUUUUAUCUGGAUUCUCAACAAUUUUGAUCCCAUUGACUACUCAUUUUUAUCAACUGAUUUUACCUCAAUUUUUAUCAGGAUUGUCCAUUGGUAUCACCGAUGCAGCAAUGUCCACUAUCCUUGCAUCAAUUGUUGAUGACCGAUAUUCAGCCAAUUACUCAAUGAUUUACACCUUUUCACAAACUGCCGUUUGUUUGGCUUAUAUUGUUGGUCCAAUUGCAUCGAGUAUAAUUUUAACCUCAAUCGGUACAACGGGGACUGUCCAUGUGCUCGGAAUCAUUGUUAUCUUAUACGGAAUCAUAUGUGUUUCUUAUCGAGUCUACCUGAUGGAUGGUCACUAUUGGUCAGAUGUUAUUACGACACUUGCUCAUCAUCCAUAUGAAACUCUUUGACCAUUAGAGCAACUGACCAAUAAAAAUGAUCAUGGAUGCAAAUCAACAUGAUUCUCAGAAUGAUUAAUUCCUCAUUCUCGAAUUAAAUGUUCAUCUCUUUUUCCCUCAUCAAUUCAAGUGUAACAAUCAAAUGUAAUGAUUAAAUCUCUCUCUCUCUCUUUCUCAACAAUUAGAUUUAAUUUAUAAUAGAUAUUUGCUUCCUUGUCCCUUUGUAUUAUAACAAUUACAUGUAUCGUUUGUUAAUAUAAUACAAUUAUAACCAUGAUGAUGAUGACGAUUACAAAGUAAAUUGUAAAGCGACAAACAACUGAAUCAACUUAAUCAUCCAACAAUGUUGACAAUUGAUUGUGAUGGAAUUGAAGAGUAAGAAAAAAAAUCAAGUUAAGAGUUAAAUUGUAACUUGAUCUGCAAUUUACAAAUAUCAUGAUAAGAAUCAUGGUGAUGAGGAAGAGAAAAUAAAAAAAAAGUUUCAUCUUCAAUUCUGUUAGUUAAUUUGGAGGCUUUGGAGUUAUCAUCAAUUAAACUAACUUUGCUACUCUAUUUUACCAAGAAAUUAGAUUGGCUCAUUAAUUGACUUUCAAUCAAAUAGAGAGCGAGAGAGAGAGGGAGAUAUAUAUAUAAAAAAAAGUAAAGAUUCUGAAUGAGCUACAUGAUAAAAGAGAACCAAGAAUCAGUAAGAAAAUGAAGAAAAGAAAAAUAAAAAAACUUUUUUCUUUUCCAUUCAUUUGCCUAAUUUACUCGAAAUCACGAUUAGUUUGCUUACAUCUCUUAUCUUCCAUGAUGAUGAUUCUCUUAUUUUCUUCCCUCAUCUUAUCAUAAUCACCUUCCCACUCCCACCGAGUUUCAUUUAAUGGAUUCUAACAUCUCCUUCAUCUUUAUCAUCCUUAUUAUCUUUCAUUCAACGAGAAGAUGAUGAAUCCUUUUUUUCUUCAUCUUUUCUCAAUCCUCAUGAGUUCCACUCUUAAAGUAUUUUCAUCAUCAUCAUCAACAUGACUGAUUCUUGAUUCCAAGAUGAUAAAACCUAUUCAAAUGAUGAUAAUGAUCAAAAGUACAAACUAAUUCUCAACUAAUCAAGUUAAAGUACUGAUCAAGAUCAUACCAAUUAAAGCAAAUGAUUACAAAAUAUUAAUAUUGAAUAAAAGUAAUUAAAUAAAAUCAUCAUCAUCGUGUUAAUUUAAAAAUUGGUAACAAAAUUCAUGGUAAUGAUUUUUAUUAUUCAGGGAGACUUGAUAACAGUUCGAGUAGGAAUUUUUUUUUGUUCUGGAUGAGGCAAAAAAAGCUCAUGAAUAAUAUUAGAAGUUAAAAUUCAUUCUGUUUUUUUCACUCUGAACUUUUUCCCUGAACCAUUUUCACACCAACAGAUCC